AUGGCCCCUUCCCCAGCCGCAGGCAAGCAGGCCGGUUCUGCGCCCAAGACUCCAACCAAGUUGGCCAGGAAACCGGACGCCACACCAUCGAAGCCCACGCCCAAGAAGCUCGGCCAAUCUGCUUCCUCCGCGAAGCCAUCCACACCUAAAGCUGCCGCUGGCAAGAAGCCUGAGACUGACUCACCUCAGCUUCCCCAGUCCGCAAAGGGCGGCGAUGUCUCCGGCAAAGCUCAGGGCUCCGCAAAGAACGCCAAAGGCCAAGCCGACGACAGUGCCGAGAAUGCCAAAGGCGAGGCCGAGGACGCUGGCGAGCAAGCUCAGAGCAAAGUCGAGAUGAAGGACGAUGACGAGGAGGACGAAGGUCCCCUCGACAAAGUCAAGGAGGCCGGCGACAGCGCACAGGGAGGCCUCGAGGAGCAAGCUCCCGAACCCGUUAAUGAUGAUGACGAUGAUGAAGAAAACGACACAGUCGGCGGCGCUACCAAGCAGGCCAAAGACACGGCUGACGAUGCCGAAGACGAUGAUGCCGCCACGCAGAAGGCUGGCCAGGAAGGCGACGAGACCGAAGACACUGCUGAUGAUCAGGAGCAGCAGGAAGGCGAUGGUCUGUUGAGCGGCGCCAAGGGACUCGCUGAUCAGGCGGGUACUAUCGCCGACAAGGGCAAGGAGGGCGCUUCUGGUGCUGCUGACAAGACCAAGGAGACCGCUGAGGAGGGCGCUGAGAAGGCCAAGGAGUCUGGUGAGGAGGCGCAAGAGGGCGCUGAGGACGCCACCGAUGAGGGCCAGAAGGUCGCUGGUGAGACUACUGAUGAGGCUGGCGAAGGCGCCGAGGACCAGGCUAAUGGCGUUGCUGAGGAUGGUGAGGAGCAAGCGGAAGGUGCUGUCGAGGAUGGUGAGGAGCACGCUGAGGGCGCUGUCGAAGACGGUGAGGAGCACGCUGAGGGCGCUGGCGAGGACGGUGAAGAAGCUGCUGAAGGUGAGGAGGGUGUUGAGGGCGUCGAGGGCGCCAAGGAUGAAGCCGAGGGUGCUGCUGAGGAGGCUGAAGAAGGCGCCGAGGGUGCCGAGCCUACCGACCGCAGCGCGCCUCAGGUUCCCGAGGGCCUGCCUCUCGACAUGUCCAUCCUCAAGGGCCUCGAGGUUGAUGAUGAGGGGUUUGUUCGCGACCAAGAGGGUAAUGCACUCGCCAAGCUCGCUGAAGGUGAUGCUGAAGACCUUGGCGGCUACCAAAUCGGUGACGAGGGCGAGAUCCUUGACGAUGAUGGUGAUCUCGUUGGUCGUGUCGAGCUUCUUCCUGAGGAGAUCAAGAAGCAACUUCAAACCGCCAAGGAAGAGGGUGUCGAGUUGCCCGAGGGCGCUGACGAGUACCUUGACCAACUCGAUGGUGGCGAGGAAGGCGAGGAGGAAGGCGAGGGCGAGAACGAGGAGGAAGAGGAAGAUGACGGUCCUCGCCUGCCUGGCCUCGAGAUCAUGGAAGGUCUCACCUGCGAGAUCGACGGUCUCAUCUACGAUUCCGAGGGCAACACUAUCGGUCGCGUGACUGAGGGUGACCCCGAGGAGCUCAAGAACGCCACUCUCAAUGCUGAGGGCGAGUUCAUUGAUGAGGAGGGCAAUGUUGUCGGCCAUGCCGAGAUUCACGAUGAUGCCGCCGAGCUUGUCGUGCAAGGCAUCUACGAAGCCGCUCCCAAGGAAGAUGACGCCGAAGGCGAGGCUGAGGAGGGUGAGGAAGGCGCCGAGGAGGCUGCUGAGGACGGCGAAGAGGCUGCCGAGGGUGAAGCUGGCGACGAAGAGCCUGAGCUCGAAGGCAUCGAAGACCAACUCCCCGGUAUCGAGGCUCUUGAGGGCCACGAGCUCAAUGCUCAAGGUGACGUCCUUGACGACCAAGGUGAUGUGCUCGGCCACAUCGAAGACGAGGAGCUCCGCCAGAAGAUCGUCGACGGCGAGAUCGACCCCGACACCCUCAAGAUCGACGAGGAUGGCAAUGUGGUUGACGAGGAUGGCAACGUCCUCGGCAAGACGGAGUUGGCUGAAGGCGCGGCUGAGAAGCUCGGCGGCAGUCCUCUCCUCGACCCACGUAUCCUUAACGGCAAGAAGGUCAACAAGAAGGGCAAGAUCCUCGAUGAUGAUGGCGAGGAGAUUGGUGAGCUGCGCGAUGGCGACCUAGAGCAGUGCGCUGGCAAGAAGGUCAACGACCGCUCGGAAGUCCUCGACAAGCAGGGUAAUGUCAUCGGCCACGUUUCUGUCGUUCCUGGCGAGGCGGCUGAGACGGCCACCCGUGAGUUGCUCGAGGAGCUGGGUGAGACCGAAGCACAAGAGGAGGAGAAGCCGGAGGAGCAACCUACACCCGACCUUCCUUCCCUCGACAUCCUCGAGGGCCUCAAGGUCAACAAGAAGGGUCAAGUCCUCAACGAGGACGGUGAGCCCAUUGGUGAGCUUGUCGACGGCGAGAUUGCCGAUUGCGCGGGCAAGAAGUGCAAUGACCAAGGCGAGGUCCUCGACAAGGAGGGUAACGUCGUUGGCCAUGUCCGCACCUUGCCGCAAGAAGGCGAGGAGGAAGAGCAAGCUGAGGAGGCAGGUGAGGAGGAAGAGGCUGGCGAUCAAUUGCCUCCUCUCUCCGUCCUCGAGGGCUUGACCGUCAACAAGAGCGGCAAGCUUAUCGACUCCAACGGUACUGUUGUGGGUGAGCUCGUCGAGGGUGAUGCCAAGAAGCUCGCCAAGGCUGGCACUACUUGCGACGCCGAAGGUCAGUUCUGGGACAGCAAGGGCCAUGUUAUUGGUCGUGCCCAGACUGUCGCCGUCGAAGACCCAGAAGACGAAGCACCAUUCGCUGGUCUUGACGGCCUCCACGUCGUCGAGGACGGAUACGUCCAAGAUGACCAAGGCAACACAGUCGGUUACAUCACCGAAGGCGACGCCAAGAAGCUCAUCGGUCGUCUCGUUGAUGAGGAUGGUGACAUCAUUGACAAGAAGGGCUCUGUUGUCGGCCACGCCGAGCGCUGGGAGCCUGAAGAGCAGGAGGAGGAGGUCGCCGAGGAGGCCGAUCUCUCCUUCCUGCAGGGCAAGAAGGUGAACAAGGCCGGUCUUGUCAUUGGUGACGAGGGUGUACCUGUCGCCCGCUUGGUUGAGGGUAACGCCAAGGAGUUGGCGGGCAAGGAACUCGACGACCAAGGACAGAUCUGGAACGACAAGGGCAAGGUCAUUGGUCGUGUCGAGCUCAUUCCCGACGACGAGCGCGAGGCCAAACCUGAGGGCCCCUUCGCCGGUCUCGAAGGCCUGAGGGUCAUUGAGGGUGGCAAGGUUGCUGAUGAGGACGGCAACGUGGUCGGUGAGAUUGUCGAGGGUAACCCCAAGCGUCUUGUCGGUCUUGCCGUCGAUGAAGAUGGUGAUAUUGUUGACAAGUACGGCAAUGUCAAGGGUCAUGCUGAGCCUCUACCUGACGAGGAAGAGGAAGGUCCGGUCGACAACAGCAUCCUCAAUGGCAAGCAGCUGAACAAGCAAGGUUAUGUCGUUGACGAGAACGGGAUCCCCUUCGGUCGUCUCGUUGAGGGUGACGCCAAGGAGUUGGCUGGCCGCUAUUGCGACGAGAACGGUGACAUCCACAACGACACCGGCAAGGUUGUCGGCCAUUGCGAGGUCAUUCCAGAAGGCGAACGUGUCCACCGCGGCGAAGGUCCAUUCGCUGGAUUGGAGGGCCUGCGCGUGGUGAAGGAUGGCUGGGUUGAGGACGAUGACGGGAACGUCGUCGGUCAGCUCGUCGAGGGCAAUGCUAAGCGCCUUGUUGGCAUGGCCGUUGAUGAGGACGGUGAUAUCAUCGACAAGUACGGCAAUGUCAAGGGCCAUGCUGAGCCGUAUGAGGAGGAGGAGCAGGCUGACGUUGAUCUUUCUGCUCUUGCCGGCACGAGCGUGAACAAGCACGGUAAUGCUGUCGAUGGCAACGGCAAGAUCAUCGGUCGUGUCGUCGAGGGCGACGUCAAGACCAUGGUUGGCAAGAAGGUUGAUGGCCAGGGCCAAAUCUGGGAUAAUGCCGGUAACGUCGUCGGCCGCUGCGAGUUGGUCUUUGGCGAGGACGGCGAUCCUGAAGGUCCCUUCGCCGGCUUCGAGGGUCUGCAGAUCCAGAAGGAUGGCACCAUUACCACCCCUGCUGGCGACAUCAUCGGUCGCAUCAUUGAAGGUGAUGUGAAGAAGCUGAUGGGUCACGGUGUGGAGGAGGACGGAGAUAUUGUGGACAAGAACGGCAACACGAUCGGCAAGGCUGAGAGGUGGGAGCCGGAGGAGAAGGAACGCCGUAUCAACCCCAUGUCUGGCCGCCGUGUCAACAAGGAGGGUGAGGUGCGCGACGAGCAGGGCGAGAUUUUGGGCAAGCUUACCAUGGGUGAUCUUGGCCAUUGCGUCGGUCAGGAGAUCGAUGAUUCCGGUAACGUCGUGGACGUCGACGGCAACAAGAUCGGCGAAUGUACCCUCAUCGACAAUAUCGUGGAGGAGGAGUAUGAAGGUCCGACAGAGGAGCAACUCGCCGAGGCGGCCAAGCGUGAGCAAGAGCGCGAGAUCGCGGAGAAGAUGAGCAACAUCUGCAGCCAGACGCUCGAGCGCGUGCAGCCCGUCUGCAAACAGAUCAAGGAGGCGAUGGAGAAGGCGGACCGCACGCCCAAGGAGGAGCUGGACGAGGACGCGCUGGUCGACGAGGUCAAGCCCCUGAUCGAGGAAGCCGGUCGUCAUUUGCAAGAAUGCAACGGGUCCCUCCGUGGCCUCGACCCCGAUGGCAAGAUCGCCGCUCAGGCCAAGGGCCGUGCUGGUACCAACGAGGCGACGCCGGAGGAGCACCGACUCGCGGAGAACUUGAAGGAGUUGACGGGCACCGUUGUCACGACCGUGGACGAUGCGAAGAAGAAGCUCAACAGCAUGCCGCAUGCGAAGAAGAAGCUGAACCCGCUCUGGGGUCUGAUGACACAGCCGCUGUUCCAGAUUCUGGCCGCGGUUGGACUGUUGUUGGCUGGUGUGCUGGGCCUUGUUGGACAGUUGCUCAACGGGCUUGGUCUUGGCGGACUGGUCAAUGGUGUCAUGGGCGGUCUGGGUAUCAACAGCCUUCUCGAAUCAUUCGGGUUGGGUGGUGGUGACAAGAAGAAGGGGAAGAAGGAUGGCAAGAGUGCGCUUUCGAGCUUGCCGGUUGUUGGUGGGAUGUUGGGUGGUGGAGGGAAGUAA